GCCGUUCAGUUGAUGAGGCGCUACGCGUAAUAAGAGCAAUCCAAUUCACCAAGAAACACGGCGACGUUUGUCCAGCAAACUGGCAAGAAGGCGGCUCGACAAUAAAGCCAGAUCAUAAGCAAAAGAAAUCAUUUUUUGAAAAUUUGAACGAUUGA